AUGGUUUGCCAAAAAGCCUUGUUUCUCACGGCUCUAGUGGCUUUCAUAAGAUGCAACUUUGCACUUUUAGAACAGGCUCCAAAGAUUCCAACUAAGAUAAAAGAAUCGGAACGUAUUCGAAGUCCCCUCUCCUUUCAAUUCGAUGACCUGACUGUGUCUUUAGAACGAGGAAUUGGUCGAUCUCGAGCGGUGUGGGAGUGCUACCGAAUGGGUAUUGAUCCACUAUGGUUUUAUGAUGAAUCGAUAGCUGACUCACAGCUGGAUGAUUCUGUACACAAAAUUUUGAAGCAACAAGGAAGAGAAGCCAAAUCAUGGACCAGAGAUGAAUUGAAGAUGCUUAUCACUGCCAAACGACGUGAACAAGGACUGGGAAAGGCAGCUCUUGAGUCUCUAAGAAAAGUCGGAGGCGAAUCUAUCGAAGAAUCGGUAGCGACGAUCAGAGAUAUCUCUAUGGCCCGUGAUGGGACGACAAAACUGCUGGUGCGCUUGGUCGAAAGUGGCUUUGAUGUCGAAACAGUGAUCAUUCCAUGGGAAGAAACUGGUCGAUCCACGCUCUGCAUUUCAUCUCAAGUGGGGUGCGCUCAAGGAUGUACCUUUUGUGCGACGGGGAAGAUGGGGCGACUCCAGAAUCUAUCUUCCGAUGAAAUUUGUGCCCAAGUAUUUCUUGCUCGAAAAGUCUGUAGAGUCCUCGACAUCAACCCAGUUGAUGGUGUGGUAUUUAUGGGUAUGGGGGAACCAGCUGAUAAUGCAGCAAAUGUUGUCCGAGCAGCGAACGUAUUGACCAGCCAAGAUCAAUUCGGCAUGGCUCAGCGAAAGGUGACCAUUUCUACGGUUGCGCCAACACCAGAUGCAUUCAUGGAACUGGGACGGGCCAAUACUACCCUGGCAUGGAGUAUUCAUGCCACGACUCCUGAAUUACGCAAAGAGCUCGUCCCGACAACCAAAUAUUCAAUGAACGAACUACGACAGGGAUAUCUAGAUGCCUUGAAGAGCCGCCCUAUGAAACUACGAACAACCAUGCUGGAGGUCGUUCUAAUUGAUAAAAUCAACGAUUCAGUGGAAGACGCUGAUCAUCUUGCUCAAUUUGUGCAAGAAAUGAUUGACGAAGUUCCUGGGAUGAAACCAAUGGUAAAUUUGAUUCCAUUCAAUGAUAUUGGAUUUCAAAAGUUUCGAAAGCCAAAGGUAGAACGAGUCUGGGCCUUUCAAGAACGGUUGACCUCGAGAGGCUUCAAAUGCUUCAUCAGAACUACACGGGGGGACGAAGAGAGUGCUGCUUGUGGACAACUGGCAACCAAACGAAAACGUGCAGAAUAG